AUGCUCCUGGAACAGCACGACGAGCUCUCAUCACAUCAUGUUGGCGAACGGUCGGAAGGGAAGCAAGUGACGCCGCCGCCGUGGCCUGCGAAGUAUCAACGAUAUACUCCUAUUCGUUACGCGGACCUGGAACCCCAUCUACGCCUCAUCGAAGGCAACGCGCGUCCAUAUCUGCGAUUUGGGGUGGUUGUCCCCGGAUUCACCCGCGCCAGACUCAGCGUUAGAGCUCAAGAGCUGCUGGACGAUCCCGAAAUCACCACCUGGCACCCAGACAUCACCCGCGCUGGCGGGAGAUAUCUCGUAGAAAGCGGUAAUUCCUACCAUUGCCUCCAGGUCAUCGACGCCCGCCUUCGGUACCACCUAGCCAGUAUGAUUGCGGAGGUGUUCGACGUCGGCUACAAGGUGGUGCAGCCCGAGCCGCACACCACCUUCUACUCGUUCUUCACGAAUCGUGCUACGCACGCUUUCCUGCAAAGGAAAAUCCCGCUGGACCGGAUAAAGAGAUGCGUUCAGGCUGUGAAGGAGGCGUGGGGCGAGGAGAGUGCGCUCGAGGCGAUGUGGUACUACGACGGCGCGCUCGCACUUCCAAAGCGUGUUCCGCGAAGAUAUCGUACACAUGAUGAGCAUCCGUUUUGCAGAAGGCUUGAAGCAUGCCGCAGGUGA